UUGGAACUUCAUGUUUUUUAUGUCCCAGCAGAAGUGUGGAACUUCAAGCUGAAUACAGUUCCUGUAGCUCUUACUAGCAAAUUCAUCUCAGCUGGAUUUAUAAGGGUGUCUCCUCACAUCACAUUAAGAGUGCUGCGGGGGAGGCUUGGAGAGUACCUGGGUGGAGUGACCAUUGCAGAUGAAUUCAGAUUUUUGAAAUGCAUUGGGAGGAAACUAGCAGUGGUGAAAGCAAAGCAGGAAACAGAACUGGAACUGAAGUCAUUUGCUCCUCCUUAUGCACUUUAUCCUGAAUUAUAUUUAUUACCUGGAGUGGAAUAUUUUGAAGAUGUUUAUCCAUUGCUAUCAUCACCUCAACAAAAACAUCACAUUAGUGAAGAAGCUAAUAGGUUUGGUCAUGGAUCAAGAUUAUCCAGCCUUUCCCAACAGAAACCUGGAAAAGGCAAACCAUUUUUAGAAAGUGUACGAAGCAGGCAUUGGGUAGAAAAUCUGGAAGUGCCCAGUCCUGUGAAAUGGGGUGAGAAAGAGCCUGUUCCAGUUUCACACACAAACAAUAAGCAAAACAAUAACAACAGGAUUCCAGAAAAACAGUUUGAAGAAAAAGAUCAAAGUGGAUCUGAUGGAUCUCCCUUCACACCAAGCCAUUCAAAUCCUGCAGACCAGGAGUCUGGAAAGUGUGAACUGGUAUUACAGACUUCUGAGCAGAAUCAUCUCAGCCAAGAUCAAGAAGCCUGCAGUGCUCCUAAGUGGAAUGACAAAGCCAAAGGAACUGCUCUUACUCAUGAAAAACACAGUGAUGAACAAGGCCAGGGUCACCAAAGACCCCAAAAUCCCAUUAAAUAUCAAAAGGAACUAGCAAACAUGGAAAAUAAUGAGCACCAAAAAGAUACCAAAUUAAGAAGAGACAGAACACGAGAUGCUGAAAUUCUUAAAAUAAUGGAAGACCAAACUACAGAUUAUGUCUACAAAAAACAAAGCUUGCAGCAAAACAGAACUAAGAGAACUAGAGUUGGUCUUGGUGAAAAACUGGAUAAUCAGGCAGAUGAAAACAAGAAAAAUCAUCUUACUUGUCCUAAAGAGUGUAUUUCAGCUCCUGGUCCACCUUUUUUGGCACUUACUGUAAAUCCAGCUCAAGUUCCUGUAAUUCAGGCAGCAAUUCGUGAGGCAUGGAAGAAGAAGUACUUUGAAACCAAGAAAGCUACAGUUUCACUAGAGGAGACUUUAAACAAACUGCAACAAGAUUUAGAGCUUUACCACCAGAAAAUGCUCCUGCAAUUGGAAGCCAGGGAGAGCCAAAAACGACCAAACAAAACAACAGCCUCCAAGAAUUACACAAUCAUCCGGAUUGCUACAGUGCAGCACGAACUCCAUCAGCUGAGGAGGAAGCUAGAUGAUACAAAAGUGAGACUCCUAAUAGAAAUUAAGAUGAGAAAGCAGGCAGCAUCUGAUUUACGAGUACUGAAAGCGGAACUGACACAGAAGAAGAUUCAUUCAGCUUUAAUUCUCCAGCCCAGAAAAUCAGGAAUUUAAGAACACUAACAUCUGUGAAGUGUACAGCAGCUCUCUAGUGUAUGUAAAAGAGAAUUUCAGAGCAUUUGUUUGUAUGUUCUUGAAGUUACUUUGUAAAAAAACAUUAACUGUAUAAACGUUGUGGAAUUUGUAUACUAGGUGACUGAGGUAAUGCAGCUCACUUCUUUUUAAAUCUCACUUACUGUAAGAUUAGUCAGCUACUUAAACAUGCAGUUUAAGCUAGUAACAUGUCUAAAGCAAAGCUGUUAUCUUUAAAGCGCAAAUUAGUUAAUUGUGUAACAUCCCAGUGGUAUGCUGAUGUUCUCUGAUUAACUACAUAGCUACUAAGAAAUAAACCUAAAAUCUGUAACCUCCUGUUCUUAUUUUCAGGCUCACACAUUCAAUUUUUUAGAAAUUAUUAAAAUACAGUUUCUGUAGAACAACAGCAACAGUUAUCCUUUAUUUGGCUAUUUACUGGAGUAUGUUUUUGCCAUUAUAAAUAUGCCUAUCUAUAAACUACCAAUGUAUCAUUACUGUAUUAUUAUGAAGCAUAAACAAAAUCUCAGAUAAUCUCACUUUAUUCCAUAUCUAGCUGGUUUUGUUCCCUCUCUUACUAGGAAAAGCACAUGGACAUUAACUGUCUUCUGUAGUUUGAAAGCUUGCCUGAAAUCUUUCUCUUGGACUAGUAUAAAGAUGAUCCUGGUACAAUUUACACUCUUCAGUGUUCUG